UUUGAAUCGAGUCAGUGAUAAAGCACACAUCCCUUUAAAAAAAAUGCGGAUUUGUUUUGUAUUAUGUAUUGGGCUAGCCACAUUCGCUACUCUAUGUUCAGCCAGACCAGCCGAAAAUGACGCUGAUUAUGACGAAGAACCAGCACCACCCCCAAAGAAACCUUCAAGGCCUCUUACGAGCAGAAGAAAUCCGUUAAACUCGAGGAGUAAUGCUAAACCUGCUUCUAGUACUACUACAACCACAGUUGCGCCAGAAGAAGAAGAAAUAGUUGACGAAGGCGACUACGACGAAGAACCACCAGCAGAACAAGAAGCGAGUUCGACGACGGAAGCACCGAAAAAGAAUUUUCUUAAAACAGGAGUGGUGAGGCCGUUCAGGAGCAACGACGAACUUCUGGCAGCUUUAAAAAAAAGAAGGGAACAAGCAGCAACUAAUAAAGUACAUAAGCCGAUACAAUCAGAAGACCAAAGCGCACCUGUGGUAGCAGCCACGGAACCAGAAGCUCCGAAAAAGAGUACGGCAGCUUCUUCUGGGCGAAGGAAUAGGUUUAACUCGAAAGAAAAGAUACAGGAAAGUGGAGCUGAGGAAGCUGCACCUGUUAAAUCAGGUCGAAGAUUUGGUGGGAGAAGUUAGAUAACUGUUUUUUUUUAAAUAAAUAUAAUGAGAUUUAA